AUGAGCAAUACUGUACCAACCGAUGAUGCGUCUGAAAAACCAAUUAAAAUAAAUAAAUGGGAAACGAAUGCAUUGAAAAAUGCACUAGAUGAUGCAUGUAAAAAGUAUUUUAAAGAGGCACUUAAUUUUACUGAAGAUUAUAAAUUAAUGGAUGGUCGUCUUUAUAUAUCGUUGAUUGCAUGCUUAUUUUCAGGAUUCGGUUUGAUCUAUGAUUGGUUAAAUCCAUUUCCGAAAUCUCGUUCAACACUCAUUAUUUGCGUUAUAGCGUAUUUUAUUCUUAUGGGUAUACUUACAGUAUAUAUGCAAUUUAUAGAACGAGGCAGAUUUUAUGCUGGAAAACUUGUUGAUAAAACUGGUAUUGAUCCUAUAUCGCGUUGUACGAUAUCAUCUAAACUUAAAAAAUAUGAUGAUAAAUAUGAUCUAACUCUAGAAUAUAAUGAUGGUACAAAUAAAGCGACAAAUUCUUUACAAAAUAUUUCCAAAUCCGUUGGCAACUAUUUCGAUGAGAAUGGUGUUUUAUGUUAUGAUCGAUUUACAAGUGAUGUAAAAAAGAUGUAUGAUCAGGCACGAACGAGUGAACGCAAAGUUAAAUAA